UGGUUGGUUGUUGUGUACUUCAGUUGUGUGAUGCUGUUGUGUGACGUUGAUGCAGGUCCAAGAACCAGCAGACGCCGGGCCAGGCGCCAUUUGUCUAAGGCCCUGGACACGGAGAACAAACUCUUCCUUGACUUCAUCCAGAGCUGCCUCGAAUACGAGCCGGCGAAGCGCAUGACCCCGGAUGAGGCCAGGCAGCAUCCCUGGAUUCUGAUGCACUUCCAGAGUCCCAGCUCUAGCGAGGACUCUUCUCCCCACCAGUCCACCAACUGGGAGCCCAUGGUGGACUCCACCAGCGCCACAGCCCCGUCCACCUCCGGACCAGGGCCCAGACCGGUCGGAGCCAGGGACAGCAGGAGGGAGGGGCCGCCAAAUUAAGGGGGUCCCCCCCCUAAUGGGGACAAGAACCGUGACAUGAGGCCCCCAAACGCCUCGACGGUCUUCAGAAAACACCUGACACCGUUUGAGCAGAGGGGAAUCAAACAGUACAAGGAAGUGUGGUACCUUGGCAUAGCUGAAGAGAAGGUUCAGGAGACAUUCCCCCUCCGCAGUGGUUAUGAUGACCGCAAGGGACACUAUAAGAUGGUUAUCAAAGACCACAUCGCCUACCGCUAUGAGGUCCUGGAGCUGAUGGGUGAGGGCACCUUCGGUCGAGUCCUCAAGUGCAGAGACCACCAAACCCAGCAGCUGGUCGCCAUGAAGGUCAUUGCAAACGACCAGAGGUAUGCAGAUGAGGCGAUGGCAGAGGUGGAAAUUCUGGAGCUGCUCCAGAAGGACGAUGAGGAUGGCGUGGCCAACGUCGUCCACAUGAAGGAGUACUUUCAGUUCCGUGACCAUCUGUGCAUCUCCUUUGACCUCAUGGGGUGGGUUUGGAAAACAAAAGCCUCAUAUCCUGCCUAAUAUCAGUGCCAA